CGUGGCAUGGUUGGGUGCUUCCGCUGUCCGCUCCCACACGUUCUCUAUUUUCUUCUCCACGAUCCAAUCCAUUAACCCCUCUCUACCAUGCCGCCGCCGGCUUCCCGUGGAGAGCUCCUCCAGUCCUCCCUGGCUGAAGUCUUCCUCCAUGGCUGCACAAGUAACCAGCCCACCACCACAACAUCGGAGACCCGCGCGAGGAGGCCGAUGACGGCGUGCCGGCGACCGAGGCAAGGCUUCGCAGGCGGAGGGGGCCGAUGCGGUGCCGCGCCGUGCCGGCGAGGAGCAGCAUGGGAAGAGAUCCGAGUUGGCCGGGAUUGUGGUGACAGCGGCGGCAUUUCGUUCCCGGAACAGAGGGAGAGGGUUAGGGUCGGUCCUCGGUCGCCGAACCGCUGCCCCGCUGAGCCGCCCCUCCCACGUUUAGCGGCGGCGAGUUACGGGCGCGCCAUGGCUGGGGCUCAAGGGCCGAUUCUAUGCCCCGUGGAGCCGCCGCUCCCGCUGUUACGGGCGCGCGACGGCGAGGGCUCAAGGGCCGCACCUCUACCCCGUGUAGCCGCCACUCCCGCGUGCUACGGGCGUGCGACGGCGGGGCUCACAGACGAUGAUUUGAGAUCGCAGCGACCGGGGGUUGCGGCGUGAGACGAUGUCGAUUCGAAGGCGCGGAAUAACAGCUGCUCUAGCCUCUCUCUAAGACAGCGCGUGGUGGCGCGUGACCGCGCGGCGAGUUGCUACUCUGACAAUAGCGACCAUGGAGUGCGGCGCCGGGGUGACGUAUGAAGAGCAUGACAGCGGAGGCUGUAGGGGGGCACAACAGCGGCAGCUCUAGAAUGCGCAGGGAUUGCUGCUUGAGGACUCACCUCCUCUCCUUUUUUUGUGCAGCGACGGCAGAUUCCGGUUCACACAGGUUUCAGCAGCAUCUUCCCUACCUCUGGUUCCCCUCUUAUUUUUUUCCACCAAGCGUUCAUAAUUCAUGCAUGGACAGAGCCAUCAUAUGAUUAUUAGUUACCUGGUUGCUUUGUAAUUGGUAGUUUCCAUUUAGAUGCAAUUCCGUUCGGUGUUUGAUAAUCUGGCCCUCAGCUGAUUUCUCGGCUUCAAAUACAGCUAAAUAUUUUGUUUUACUUUGGAGUAACAAUCUGCAAUAUGUUCUUACAUUUAAUCUUUAAAAUACAUGUAUGUUUUUCUCUAUGUUGUCCUGGCUGUUGGGGAAUCAGUUACUUUGUGUUGAAUAAAUCAAGAAGAUGAAAAAAAAAAGUGUGCUCUCCUCUAUGUAUCUCGGACAUUUUCUAGAAAACACAUAUGAUUUUUGACACCUUUAAUCUACAAAGUGCAUGUAUCCUCUUCUCUCAUUAGUUCACAUGUAUUAUGGAGAUAACAUCUUCCUCUAUGACCAUGUUUUGGUUUGAUACAUGCAAAUUGCAGCCACAGUGCGGUAGAGCCACAUGUGUAGCGCCACGGGCACGUGGAACACAAAUGUGGCAUUCAGUUCGUGGACCACCGGCAUGGGGACUCCAGAUUGUUGAGCCGAUCAUCCAUGUCAAUGUUGCCCUGCGGCAGGGCAUAGAUGGUUCAGCUUUAGGCCAGAGCUGCAAAGGCCUCUCUACUCCUGAAACUCCAAAGCAGGCUCAAGGUCCUGGUGAGACUUCAACGCUGCCGCCGCCCAUGGACCUCACGCCACAGAGUACAUCAUCGUCAGCAUCCGCUAUCAAUGAGACUGGCUCCGAUGCCACAGAAGGAAUAAAGCGCAAGAAUGUUGGUGCUAGCCAGAACCCAACGUCGAAGACGGGGUUGCAUUUCUCGGAUAAUGACUAGGUUACACAUGUUCGUGUGCUUAAUAUAUGAGUCGCAUGGGAUGUGAAGUGUAAGAUGCUACCGUUUCUGCUGUAUGCAAGCUGCUUUUUGGCUGGUGUGUGCAGCCAGGAAGCUUUGUUAUGGGCCCCGUUUUCUGUUGUUUAAGGCCCAUACAGUGUUUCGGCUACACUCAUUUUCACCAACUGGAAGCUAUUGCUCACAACCGCUUCUUGCGAUGACCUGCAUUGGUCUAUAGCCGCUGUGUUAGCAUAGUGACCGAAUAUGAGCACAAGUUACUCAAGGUGCGAUCUCUAAGAGGGGAGCACUUCUUAGUCGUAGUGGUACCAUGUGAUGUAUAUGCAUUUUUCAAUUCAAGCACAUUAUGGUCUUCAAUAUAUUUACUUUGCUGAGUUUA